AUGGAAGACGAGUGGGUUCGAGCAUCCAGCAGGUACCCGCAAUCAUUAGCAAUGCGUGCUACGAUGUGCCCACCAGACAACCACUGUGGCAAAACACCUGACUGCUGCAGCUACAAGGACACUGAUCCAACGGCAACAUUCACACUGGAGCACACGUACCAAGCUUAUCAAAACUGCUCCGGACGCACCAACUGCUCAUACAUACAGGCGCCUUGGCAGGUCAUCAACACCACCACAGGGGCCCCGUCAUCGUAUGUGCAGCUAGAGUAUGUGUGUGAUAACGUUGUUGACAAGAUGCCAAUGUGUGGAGGAACCUUCAAGAUAACGAACAAAGUCACCAACUCCACCGAUAUCUGGUUCGACGGAUCAACAGAGACCUUUGAUCCAACUAAAGCAAGCAAAGAAUGCAAAUGUUCGCUCACUAAUCUGCAUACACAGACUUCGACAACGCUCAUUCUUGACUGGAUAGACGUGCGUCUGGAGAGCCACUACCGUGACGUCAACGCCUCCUCGGCAAUGUGUUCCAGCGCUAUAUUAACGACCGAGGGAUUCUUUCGGCGUUGCAAGGAAUCAACCGAGCAUUGGAAAGAUAACUUUAUAUAUUAUAACUUAGACCGCCCACAUAACAUCACCUUGUCACCUGGACAGACAACGGAUGUGCUUUUGAGGGAUAUUCACAAGAACGGUGCACGUGACUCACCAGCCAUAAAUUGCCUAUCAUGCCAUGCUGCUGAAUAUCACAUGCGAAGAAAUUAUACCCGCCGUAUUUACUACAACUACAUCAACAACCACUACAACUUCACCAACAACAACUACCCCACAACCAACAACAACACAACCAACAGCAACAACACAACCAACAACUACACCACAACCAACAACAACUACACCACAACCAACAACCCAAGUUCCGACAACUAA